GGGAUGGCAAAUCCUGAGGUAAUUAUAAGUAGCUGUAGCUCUCACGAGGAGGAAAAUCGCUAUACUUUUAACCAGAAUGCAUUGCCGUCUGAGGAGCUUCUAUUAGAAGACCAGAUGAGGAGAAAACUCAAGUUUUUUUUCAUGAAUCCUUGUGAGAAGUUCUGGGCCCGAGGCAGAAAACCAUGGAAACUUGCCAUACAAAUUCUGAAAAUUGCCACAGUGACUGUUCAGCUGGUUCUGUUUGGGCUAAGUAACCAGAUGGUGGUAGCUUUCAAGGAAGAGAACACUGUAGCAUUCAAACAUCUCUUCCUCAAAGGAUACGUGGACCGCAUGGAUGACACGUAUGCAGUGUACACGCAAAGGGAAGUCUACGAGCAGAUCAUCUUUGCCGUGAAUCAGUACCUGCAGCUACGCAAUGUCUCGGUUGGGAAUCAUGCUUAUGAGAACAAGGGUACCAAACAGUCUGCUAUGGCCAUCUGCCAGCACUUCUACAAGCGAGGACACAUCUGCCCUGGAAAUGACACCUUUGACAUUGAUCCAGAAAUUGAAACAGAAUGUUUCUUUGUGGAGCCUAAUGAGUCUUUUCAUAUUGGAACAUGGGAAGAAAAUAAACUCAACUUAACACUGGAUUUCAACAGGCUCCUGACAGUGGAGCUUCAGUUUAAACUGAAGGCCAUUAAUCUGCAGACGGUUCGUCACCAGGAGCUCCCUGACUGCUAUGACUUUACCCUGACUAUAACAUUUGACAACAAGGCUCAUAGUGGAAGAAUUAAAAUACGUUUAGAUAAUGAUAUUUCCAUUAGAGAAUGUAAGGACUGGCAUGUAUCUGGAUCAAUUCAGAAGAACACUCAUUACAUGAUGAUCUUUGACGCCUUUGUCAUUCUGACUUGCGUGUCUUCACUGCUCCUCUGCGUUAGAUCUGUGAUUAGAGGACUUCAGCUUCAGCAGGAAUUCGUCAAUUUUUUUCUCCUCCAUUAUAAGAAGGAAGUUUCUGUUUCUGACCAAAUGGAAUUUGUCAAUGGCUGGUACAUUAUGAUUAUUAUUAGUGACAUUCUGACAGUCAUUGGUUCAAUUCUGAAAAUGGAAAUCCAAGCUAAGAGUCUCACAAGUUACGAUGUCUGCAGCAUACUUCUUGGGAUGUCUACCAUGCUUGUGUGGCUUGGGGUCAUCCGAUACCUGGGUUUCUUUGAGAAGUACAAUGUAAGGCGUUCUGGGAUUUCUGGGCUGUUGAUGGUCACUCCACUGCUGUGGAUGAAAGACAAAGGCAUUUUAACGACCUCUCUUACUUUUCAGCUCCUCAUUCUGACCCUUCAGGCAGCGUUGCCCAAUGUCAUCAGGUUCUGCUGUUGUGCAGCUAUGAUUUAUUUAGGCUACUGCUUUUGUGGGUGGAUUGUGCUGGGGCCUUACCACGAGAAGUUCCGUUCUCUGAACAGGGUCUCUGAGUGCCUUUUUUCUUUGAUAAAUGGAGAUGAUAUGUUUGGCACAUUUGCAAAAAUGCAGCAGAAAAGUUACUUGGUCUGGCUGUUUAGCAGAAUUUAUCUCUACUCAUUCAUCAGCCUCUUUAUAUAUAUGAUUUUAAGCCUCUUCAUUGCACUGAUCACUGAUACAUAUGAAACCAUUAAGCACUAUCAACAAAAUGGCUUUCCCGAGACUGAACUUCAUACGUUUAUAUCAGAGUGCAAAGAUCUACCCAAUUCUGGAAAAUACAGACUAGAAGAUGAUCCUCCAGCAUCUUUAUUCUGCUGUUGUAAAAAGUAGUUAUCAGGGUGACCUGUGCCCUAGAAGAAUAUGUGAUGUGUAGCUGAGUUGGGGAAACUGUAUAGAGAUUUUAUAGUAUGUUCAAAUACUUAUUCUUUUUAGCUAAUUACAGCUAUCUAUAACUCAAAAAGAACUAUUUAUAUUUUAAAAUAAUAUAUUUCUACUUUAUAUUGGGGUUUAAAUAACUAAUUUUGUUGAGGGAAGAUACUGGAUUAUUGUCCUGUCAUAUUUAUUUGUCAUUUUUUAGAAUGUGUUCCCUAAGCCCCUCUUUACUCUGGCUGUGUGAUUUGUGUCCUCAGUGAAAACAAUCCCCAGUCUUACUGGGACUUUGGGAAAUUUGGUUCUAUUCCUGAAAAAAGUGUGGAUAGUUACUCUGUGUCCAUUCUCACUGCAUUUAAAAAUCUUCUCUUAAAAGACAGAGCAAGAAAUAGCCAUUUCCAACUAACAGAAGGUUCUGAAGGACAGUUGCUACUGGAUCCUGAUUUUAAUUCUGGAGAGGAUCAAGUAUUUUGAUAUUCAUUUCUAAAUUUCUCUGCUCCUUCAGUGUUAAAGUGAAGAGUUGAAAAGGUAUCUUUACAUAAAUGAAAAAACAGAUACCAAAUGUAUAUCCAAUUAAGCAAUGAUGAUUGUAUUAGGAUUUUGGCAACUUUGUGUUAUACUGUGCCUUUCAUAGAUGCAUUAAGUCUCAUAGCAAAGCAAUUUGAGGUCAGGAAUGGUUUAUCUCCUUGGCUGGCUCCUCCUCUCUUUUCCUCUCUCUACUUUCUGGUUUCCAUGGGUUGGGCACCUUUUCCUGCAUCAUGCCCCUCUGCCGUGCAGUUUCAGCCUCGGAGCCAGUCAACCGUGAGCUGAAACUGAGUCAGAUAAACCACUCCAACUUUAAGUUCUGGGUAUUGAGUACUGUCCAGUGGAUGAGAGGAUGGCUAAGACAGUGCCUGUUGACAGUUCAUCUUGACGGUCAACUUGAUUGGCUUGAGAGAUACCUAGGAGAUCACUAAAGCACACUCUUGUCCUAGGAGUAUGACCUUGGGGACUAUAUCUGGUUCCUGGUCCCUUCCUCAAUACUAGGAACAGAUGGCUCCCUUAGUUGUGGCUACAAAUAAAGAACUGCCCAUAAAGGUCAGGAUUCACACUAGCCUUUUACAAGUUAGGAGAGGGAGCAUUUCAGUCAAGACAGACACCUCAAGUAAGUGGGUUUAUAACCAUCAACUCUGAUAUUUUAGGAUUUGUUAAAAUCCCAAUAAUCUGUUUUUCUGUUGAAAUAAUUUUCUGUUAAAAUCAUUUG